AUGGCGGAAGGAGGCGAAGCGUUCAACUACUUCGCCAAAGUCACCUUUGGAAUCAUAUGUUUCAUAUGGUUCCUCGCGACUAUAUUCUGCACACCUGUUGGACGAUGGCUUCGCAACACAAAUCCCAGGGCUCGACGGACCUUUCAUUAUAAUCCUGCACGAGCUGCAGGGGAUGAUCAGGGGUCCUAUGAACUGGAGGAACUCGAUAGUGCUCGUGGACGUAGCAGUAGGGGUCGUGCUAGAAAGGUGAUCGAUGUCAAUGCUCUCAACAAUUGGCCGCGUGAAGCUGCCUCUGGCUCGAGGUCUAGUGCAACGGCUGAGUAUGAGUUUGAGUUCUGA